AUGAGCCCUACUUGCCGCGUUGUAAUCAUCCCUCUCUCAACAAACUCAUUCCGUUUACAUUUCUACUUCAUCCGGCCCACUACAACUAUCCUAGUUGUAUAA